UAAUCGUCAUUUUGAAGGGCGGAAAAAGAAAACUACAAAGCGGAACUUUCCUUGAGCACUUGUAUCCGCACGGACGAGUUUGCGUGCUGGACCAAGUUUCAUAACAAUUCUACUGUGAAGUUUGUUGCAUCUCUUCAUCAGGUGUGACCGCCGCCAUCCAUGCUGCUGCCUCCGACGCUCCACUGCCGCCGCGCCUCUCCCCUGCUGGCAGGAUGCGUGCGAACGCUGCACUCCGGCCAUCCCAGAGCACUGCGCCCCCUGGCGGAAUCGCUGCUGCGGAGGCGGCCUCCCUCUCGCCUUGAGGCUCGCUUUAGGAGCAGGAGGAGUCAGGAGGAGGAGUGGAGGAACAGGAACAAGACGGUGCUGACGUACAUCGCUGCGGCCGGCGUGGGGAUGAUUGGCCUGUCGUACGCCGCAGUGCCGCUCUACCGUCUCUACUGUCAGGCGACAGGGCUCGGCGGCACGGCGGUGGCUGGCCACGAUGCAGACCAGGUGGAGACGAUGAAGCCGGUGAGGGAGAGGGUCAUCAAAGUGACCUUCAACGCAGACACCCACGCCAGCAUCCAGUGGAACUUCAGGCCGCAGCAGACGGAGAUCUAUGUGGUUCCAGGCGAGACGGCACUCGCCUUCUACAGAGCCAAGAACCCCACAGACAAACCCAUCAUCGGCAUCUCCACCUACAACGUGGUGCCAUUCGAUGCCGGGCAGUACUUCAACAAGAUCCAGUGUUUCUGCUUCGAGGAGCAGCGGCUGAACCCCCACGAGGAGGUUGACAUGCCCGUCUUUUUCUACAUUGACCCGGAGUUUGAUGACGACCCCAGGAUGGCACGGGUGGACACCAUCACCCUCUCCUACACCUUCUUCGAGGCUAAGGAAGGGCAACAGUUGCCCCUGCCGGGAUACAGUUAUAACUGAUCAUUGUCCAGCAGAACUUCAGGCGGCCGACAUCCAUCAGCUGAUCUCUGAGAGGCGGGUGUUCAGCAGUGGUUGGCUCACAACUGGAAAAAACAAACAAAAGGAAGACCGCAGGAUUCCCAAACUGUCUUAAGACUCUUCUUGGAUGAGCUUUUAAACAUCGUCACAUACAGGAAAAACAAAGGUUCAGCAGAAAUGAACUGUGUCUAAGCAUGGAAACACAGCAGACCUUCAGAUAAACAACUGACGGUGAAGAAAACCCACCAGUAAAUGUUUAUUAAAGAAAAGGAUAAAAGAGGCAGUGA